CUGCCAAUCUCUCCCACUGAGUGCCACCGUCUGAACUUAGAGUCCAGUUAUGUCGUUACUCGAGUCUCCUUCAUUUGAGACAAUAGCUUCAGCAAUAAAGUCCACUAGUCACCCGGAUGGAAGCUAUGUCCUUGCAUUGACAUCGUUGGGAGAUUACUAUGUUUCUUCUGCUUCUGCCCCGUCAAAUGCAAUUCAUCUUUUUGACAAGUCAUCCUUGCAACGCGUCCAGACCCUUAAAGGUCACGAAAUUGCUACCACGGCCUUGCGAACAGUAAGAGGCCUCGGGGGUUCCGAUCGGCAUAUGCUUCUAUCUGCUGGAAAGGAUGGCUGCGUAAUUGGCUGGGAUGAACGUUCUGGUGCUCCAAGCAUAAAAAUGACGACAUCUGGGAGAUCUCGUACCGUUUUGUCUUGUGAUGCUUCUCAUGAUGGCUUGACCGUCGCUGCUGGGACGGACCUACAGAAGGAGGACGCCUUUAUACUCUACUGGGACCCUCGAAAGCCAGCUGUACCAUUCCGUGUUCACGGCUCAACGCAUUCGGACGACAUUACUGCAGUGCACUUUCUGAAAAAUAGCCCGUCGCCAACGUCUGGACAGAUCCUGCUAUCCGCUUCCACUGAUGGCCUGGUUAGCACAUCGAAUUCUGCGGAAGAUGAUGAGGAUGAAGCAGUACUGAACGUUGGAAGUUGGGGUUGUAGCAUAUCUCAAGCAGGAUGGAUCCGCGGUUCGUCGACUAAUCGUGUCUGGGCUGCAAGCGAUAUGGAGACAUUCAGUUGCUGGUCAAAUGAGCUUGACAUGUUGCAGAACUGUGACAUUCGCCACCCAUCCGUUCAUAGUUAUGGGCGAACCUGGGUCACCGACUAUCUGAUAACGUGUCACAAUACAAACCGAUCUGACAGCAACCUCGCCGUAUUUGUUGGUUCGAACGAGGGUGAUGUGGCCCUCCUCUCAAGCUUAGAUGUGGCAGACUCAUCUGCGCCAUGGACAAUAAAUUCGGUAUGGGCCAAGGGCCACACUGGAGUGGUCCGUUCAGUCCUCUGGGAUGACAAUCAUGAAAUUCUCGUCACGGGAGGCGAGGAUUCAAAAAUAAAUACAUGGCGUUGCCCCAUUUCCGGAUAUUCUUCGGUCGAUAAGUCUGCGCGAGAUGAAAGUGCAAUGGAUAGUAUGGGCUCCGCUAUUUUCAAAAGAGAACGAGAUGACGACAUGGAUAUCAGCGAGAGCGAACCGGAUGGUAAAAAAAUAAAGCGGUGAUCGUGAACUUGAAAUAGUGGCGGAGCGGGGACUUGGUUGUCGUUGAAGCAGUGUCGAUCGGCUGUCAACCGAUUAACAAAGGCACAUGUGCCUACUGCUCGUAUCUGCCCCCUCAAAAAAAUAUGCGACCAUUUUCAGCCUAACUUACAAGACCUGAGAUGGCAUUCUCAGCAUUUGCUUACAUUAUGCGGCGUCCCUGCUCAGGGUCCCUGACGCAUGUCACAGCCAAUCAGUUUUUCGAUCGCUGCAAGUAUCGUACACUUCCAAAAUUCGCACAGCGAACUCCAUCAAGGUCCC